CGACCCGAACAAGUUAUGCUGGCACCCGAUUGGACGUCGGCUUGACUCUUUAACGCAUGUGAGCAGCUGGCAAGCCGACUUCUUUUCACAUUCGGGUAGGUCAUCUGUGUAAUCGGACCUCGCCGGCUCGCAAGUUCGUGUUUGUCUGACAGUCAGGUAAGCCAUGCCAUCAGUACCAUCUAGUUCAGAGUCAGUUGGGACUGGUCCCGUCUGCCCACAUGCUGCCAAGGUCCUCACGAAUGCUGCAAAUGGAGAAACUGGCAUCAACGUGGACGCCAAGCUGAAAGUCGAUGCCGUCUUGAACGGAAAAGCUGGACACAAGAAUGGCACAGCCCAUGUGAAUGAAACAAACGGUCACCAUGUGAAGAGUAUGAAUGGAGAGCACAUGGAGAAUGGAUCAGAGGUCACAAUGGAGAGGAAAUGGAUUCGACCAGAUUUGCCCAGCAGAUGCACCUGGAAACUUGGUGACCCAAACACAGAUUCGCCCCACAAACACUUCCAACAGACAAAGACACCCAAUAUCCUCCCCAACAUCUUAAGCAAGAUUGGAGAGACCCCAAUGGUCCGCAUGAACAAGAUUCCCAAUGCUUUUGGCCUCAAGUGUGAGCUUUUGGCUAAAUGUGAAUUCUUCAAUGCUGGCGGCAGCGUGAAGGACAGAAUCAGUCUGCGAAUGGUAGAGGAUGCUGAGCAAGACGGCAUCCUCAAACCUGGAGACACUAUCAUUGAACCCACAUCAGGAAACACAGGUAUUGGACUUGCGCUGGCAGCAGCAGUCAAAGGUUAUCGCUGCAUCAUUGUCAUGCCUGAAAAGAUGAGCAUGGAAAAGGUGGACGUGCUCCGCGCUCUUGGUGCCGAGAUCGUUCGUACCCCUACCUCUGCUCGUUUUGACUCUCCUGAGUCUCAUGUGGGUGUGGCUUGGCGUUUGAAGAAUGAGAUUCCUAACGCUCACAUUCUGGAUCAGUACCGUAAUCCCAGCAACCCCCUGGCCCACUAUGACACCACUGCAGAGGAGAUUCUGGAGCAGUGUGACGGUAAAAUAGACAUGCUGGUGGCUGGAGCUGGCACUGGUGGCACCAUCACUGGUGUCGCCCGCAAGCUGAAGGAGAAAUGCCCCAAUAUCAAGAUAGUUGGAGUGGAUCCUGAGGGCUCCAUCCUUGCUGAGCCAGAGGAACUGAACAAGACUGAUAAGACUCAGUAUGAGGUGGAGGGCAUCGGAUAUGAUUUCAUCCCCACUGUUCUGGACAGAUCUGUGGUGGAUAGUUGGUACAAGUCCAAUGAUGAAGAUUCCUUUGCCAUGUCUCGUAUGCUCAUCAGAGAGGAGGGACUUCUGUGCGGUGGUAGUUCAGGCACAGCCAUGUCUGCAGCAGUGCAUGUAGCCAAAGAGCUGAAGGAAGGCCAGCGCUGUGUGGUGAUCCUUCCUGACUCCAUCCGCAACUACAUGUCUAAAUUUCUUAGUGACAAGUGGAUGUGUGAAAAGGGCUUCCUGAGCGAGGAGGAUCUCUUUGUCAAGAAGCCAUGGUGGUGGAAUCUGACUCUACAGGAGCUCCGGCUCUCCGCCCCCCUAACUGUUCUGCCUUUAGUGUCCAUCAAGAAGACCAUUCAGAUCUUGAAAGAGAAGGCCUUUGACCAAGCACCUGUGGUGGACGAGGCCGGGCACAUUCUGGGCAUGGUCACGUUGGGGAACAUGCUCUCGUCUGUUCUGGCUGGGAAGGUUAGGCCAUCUGAUCCCAUAAGCAAAGUUCUCUACAAACAGUUUAAACAGGUGCGCCUAACUGAUAACCUGGGCAAACUCUCACGUAUCCUCGAGACGGACCAUUUCGCCCUUGUUGUGCAUGAACAGAUUCAGUACAUGAGUGAUGGAUCUCCCAAGAUGAGGCAGAUGGUAUUUGGGGUGGUGACAGCCAUUGACCUGCUGAACUACGUGGCCACGCGUGAGAGGAGGGAACGCUCGCUGUCCGAAUGCUCUCUGUCUGAAGAGCAGUGAGCGAUCAAGAGUGUGUGAACAGUGGUGGAACGUUAUUUUCUUCUCUUUCUCUCUGUCUUUCUCUCAGUUUAUUUCUCAGCAAGUGGCAUGCUCACUUUUAAAGAACGAUUAUGCUAUUUAUAAGUAAGAGUCAGUUAUUUCAGACAUUUCAUUCUAACAGAUUUGUACUCUGUUUACGGUUUCAUUUUUCUUUGGUCUCUCUUAAUUUUAAUUCAGUUUAGGUGCUUUGUUAACCAUUCAACAUAAUGAAGUAAUCAAACAGGUAAAUCAACCACCCUUUGCAGGUUUGUUUACUUUGCAAAUUUGAUUUUAUCGAGGUGUAUAUAUUUCAAUGAAUGUAUUUUAUUCUUUGGAAAACUCAUGCAUUUUAGUAUUUCUAGGAUUAGUUUAAGAGCUAGAUUCAGGUGCUCUCUUGUCUGAUCUACAGCUAUAUUGCCACCUAGUGACUGCAAUAGUUUACAACAAGCAUGGAGACUUUCAUCUUCAUCAAUCAUGCUCUGCUUUUUGGCACAAUGAUCUCUGUGGUGUGUGGGGGGUUUGCAGGCAUGAUUAAUAAUAUUUGGCAAAGCAAAUAAAAAGUGUGUUUGGUAAACCAAACUGCACCCAGACAGGGUAACUUGGUAUUUUUCUUGUAUUGAAACAAGAUAUGAUAUAGAGUGUAAAUAAAUAAUGGUGGUUUGUAGUUGCUUAAAACACACCACUCUGUGUUAAGCAAAUUUGAUCAUUCUUUUCAUGUUUCUAUGUUAUUUUCAGCUGAUCUCUUGUAAAUCAAAACUGUAACUUAUGGAGACUGAAUAAGAUUGAUUGUAUAUAGGAGUUAAUGUGAAGUGAGUGAAUGUGCAUUAGGUUGAUCAUGUUUAUGGUUUUUGUGCAUGCUGCUGGAGGUCUCUGGCUCAGAAUGUCUUUACUCUUCUGUUAUGAUGUUCUAUGUCAUUUGAUUUGGCUUUUUCUUGAAUCUUAUUAUUGUAAUACUGUUUACAAAUAAAGGCUUUAUUUCGGGAAGGAA